UUCAGGAAGUUGACAUUGUAUUUUAUUGGCGCUUAAAGAAACGUUUUAAAUUUGAAUUGAAGAGAAGCAGAAUGUACAACUAUAAUAAGUAAAGUGUAUGGGUAUUUACACGUAAGACAUGUAAAACAUAGGCUGCUAAUUGUACAGCGUAAUGUUGCUUACCAAGUGAGUCGUGGAUCUAUCGAUAUUCUUGGUGGAAUACUUGUGAGAAAAGAGUUUUCAAAUAAAGUAAGAACGAUGGACAGGGUAGCAAAAGACACAGACGGAGCCUCCUGUUCUGAGGGAGGUCUCCUAUCCAGGAUGGCCUUCAAUGACAACAAGGCUGGAAUGGAGGGCAUAGACACGGACAAAAUCAACAAGAUCAUAUUGGAAACCUCAAAGGGAUCAAGGUUUUAUGAGAAUGAACGCAAGAAGGAGCAGCAGGUGAACCUAAAGAUUGAGAGAAUGAUGCAGCAGAAAACACAAAUCACUGAGCACCAGCUGAGGAAAGCACAGAUGCAGGUGGAGAGGCUGACCGCAGAGCUGGAAAGGGGGCGCGAGAUGGGGCGCACCAUUGUGCACGUGGACAUGGACGCCUUCUACGCCGCAGUGGAAAUGAGAGACCGCCCGGAACUCAAAGACAAACCUAUGGCCGUCGGAGUAACGGGCAUGCUGGCAACUUCUAAUUAUCAUGCUCGCAAGUUUGGAGUACGUUCUGCAAUGCCUGGGUUUAUUGCAAAGAAGCUCUGUCCCAACCUGAUCAUAGUCCAUCCUAACUUUGACAAAUACAAAGCAAUGAGUGCUGAGGUGCGGGAAAUAUUUACAGAGUAUGACCCCAAUUUCCUGCCCAUGAGUCUAGAUGAAGCCUAUCUGGACAUCACAGAGCACUUGGAGCAAAGACAGAGCUGGCCGGAGUCCAUGAGGACAUAUUACACCAGAACAGAGAAUUCUUCUGAAGCAGAGACGGACAGGCUUAAUGGGAACUCCUCCCCUGUGCUGUUUGAGGACAGUCCUCCUGGCCCCAGGAUCUCUGGCACCCCUGUGGUGUUUGGGCUUUCUGCAGAGGAGGCUGUGAGAGAGAUGCGGUUCCGCAUUGAGCAGAAGACUUCACUCACGGCCAGCGCAGGCAUAGCACCAAAUACAAUGCUGGCAAAAGUGUGCAGUGACAAGAACAAACCCAAUGGUCAAUAUAGGAUCCCAUCAGACCGAGAAGUCGUAAUGAACUUCAUCAGGGAUUUACCCAUUAGAAAGGUCCCUGGUAUAGGAAAAGUGACAGAGAAAAUGCUGAGGGCUUUGGACAUCACUACCUGUUCUGAACUGUGCCAGAAGAUGGCACUGCUCUCCCUUCUUUUCUCUGAAAUCGCCUGGCAUCAAUUUAUGCAGAUAUCCCUGGGUCUGGGCACAACACGUAUUGAGAGUGAUGGUGAAAGGAAGAGUAUGAGCACAGAAAGGACUUUCAGUGAAAUGAGCAAUCCAAAGGAUCAGUACAGUCUCUGCCAUGAGCUGUGCUGUGACCUUGCUGAGGAUCUACGCAAAGAAGGACUGAAGGGAAAAACAGUUACUUUAAAGCUGAAGAAUGUGAACUUUGAAGUGAAAACAAGAGCUUUUACUCCGUCUUCUAUCGUCUCCACUGAAGAGGAAAUAUUUGCUGUUGCCAGGGUUUUGUUGAAAACAGAGAUUGACAAUGCAAGCCCUCAUCCUCUGAGACUGAGGCUUAUGGGAGUACGGGUUUCUGGAUUUGUGCCUCAGGUAGACAAGAAACCCCUGCAGAAGAGCAUCAUCAGCUUCUUUCAAGUAGGGAGACAGGAGACCUCGGCUUCCACUCAGGUUGUGAAGGAUGACCCCAGAGCCAGCCAGCCCCAAGAAGAAGUGAUCUCCAGCUUCUUCGGGAAGAAGAGCGACGCACAACAGCAGUGCGAGCCUCAGCAGUCUUUCUUCGAGAGAGCCCGGGCUCAGAGGCUGAAAAUGCAGGCCAUGCAGGAGGUGUCUCAGGAACCUACGUCCUGCAAAGACACGGAGCAGGAGGGAAAUGAGCAGUCCAUGAGCAGGGAGAGCAUUGGCAGCAUGGAGCAGCACUUCACAUGUCCAGUGUGUUUCCAAAAACAGAAGACGAACAACCUGGAAGCCUUUAACCGACAUAUCGAUGAAUGCCUGAGCGCAGCUUCCAUAUUGGAAUAUUCUAAUAGAAAUUUAGAUACGGAAGACUUUAUCUUCGAUGAUGACAGUAACUGCUCAGACAGGUCUUCCUCUAACAGGACACCUUCUAAAUCAGGCGGGUUUCUGGUUUGGGCACAAACUGAAGACGACGAGACGGCUCGUUGUGGCACCACACAGAACCUCUUGACAAAGCUCGACAGUUGUGUGUUAGCGCUGGAAAAGUCAGACCCUAGCAUUGCAGGCGCCACUCGCAAUCUAAAUGGGGCCGAUUUGAAAGCGAGCUCUUCCUACAGCGGCCCUUCAGACGUCACUCGUGGAAGUUCAAGCUUUGGUACCGCCUCUUCAAGUGAAGAGCCGGCACCAGCUCUUCCUGACCUGCUGCCCUGUGUGGAUAAUGGGAGAAAGUGUGAGGUUGCCCAAGCCAUGGUCGGAGAAAGUGCCUUCAGUUCAUCUGCUGUUGGAGUCCAUGUAGACACAGCACUGAUUUGUCCGGUGUGCAAUAUGAGGCAGAAAACCACUGACCUGGCUCUGUUCAACAGGCACGUAGAUGUUUGUCUGAACCAAGACGUUCUCCAGGAGCUUGGAGAGGCAACAGCGAGCUCGCGCAAUUCAGAUUUCACAUCUAAUAUGAAGACCAGUGCAGGGAAGUUAGAGGAAAAUCAGAAAGUUCCAGUUUCAAGGAACAAGCACAAAAGGCAAAACUCCCCAUCUCGCCAUCCCCCAUCAAAGAAAUCCAAGCCUAUUUGCAGCAGGAACACUAUAGACAGGUUCUUUAGAUGAAGCAGGAUGAAGUAACUGUUAAAAUAGUGCUAAACCAGCAAAUGUUUUAUUGCAGUUAUGUUAUUUUCAUCAAUGAAGACUAAUGACAUGAAGUGAAGCAAAAAUGCAAUUAGUAUGAGUAUGAACCAAUCAUGCUCAUCCAUUUCUGUUUUCUUAAUGCUGGAGUGGACAAAUUUUGGAAUAUAAUCUAUUUUUCAUUAUGAUUGAAGAGUUAGUAUUUUAGCUGUAAAAAGUAUGAAUAAUCAUGGUGGAGAGGAUGUAACUUGGGCAGUGUGGUGGAUUGCUGGGCUGCUAUCUGUGGUUUUCCCUGUGUCUCUGUGCAUUUCCUCCAACUACACCGAUUUCCUCCCACAGUCCAAAUACAUACUGGUACGUUAAUUGGCUUCUGGGAAAAUUGGCCCUGGUGUGAAUGUGUGUGCAUUUGUGUCUGUGUGUGCCCUGUGAUGGACAGGCAUCCCAUCCAAGGUGUAUCCUAACCUGCGCCUGUUAUUUGCCUGGAUAGUUUUGGCUCCCCUAUGACCCUGUACUGGAUACAACAGAAAUGGAUAGAUAUGUACAUUAAAUAACCUUGUGCAUAAAGUUCAACUUUAUGCACAAGGUUAUGCCUGGCAUUAUCUUGGGAUUUCUGACUCCUUCAGCCAGUCAUUCUCUGCUUGAUAAUGGAUCAACACACUGUUCAUUAUUGCUGAAGAGGCUGUUAAGAUCCUAACAAAAUAGUCUUUUUGCAGCCUGUCUUAAUGCAAUUCCUUUUAGGAAUCAUUUUGGAUGUAUUAUAGACUGAGGUUAAUUCCCCCAUUAGAAGAAUCAGGCAUUUUUAUCACAUGAUGAGCAUUGUUCAUUAGCAAAAGAUGGGAUGUGAUGUUUCUUGAAAACUGCUUAUUGGUGCUCACUCUUUUCUAAAAGCAGAAAAGCGUUUUUAUAAUGUAUUUUAGUUUUUUAAUUCUAUUGAUAAAAAUCGAUUUUUAAAAUACUGUGAAAAGUGCCUCAUCACAAUCGGACCAAUGAAGAAAUGUGCAGCUUGAAGCACUUCAGCUGUAAAGUGAUCUUGUGCAGGUCCCAGUCAGCCUGUGCAGUGAUGCACUGAAAUGGCUCUUCCUGGGGGAGAACACAUUCAGGAACCUCCAGCCCAGUAAGUAAGACACUGGGAUUAUAGAUUACAUUCCAUGUUAUCUACGUUAUUUAAAGAAACAUUUUAAAAAUAUAAAAAAUCUAGUUUGCUUGAAGAUGAGAGGAAAACAUAUAUGACUAGACACAAUACUAAAACAAUCCAUCAAAAUUACUGGUAUCAAAACGUGAUUCUGUGUAAGUGCUGCUGAGCGUGGCUGUGGCUGCCUUCAUUCUGCUAGUUAAGCCAACAUCUUCUCCUGAGUGCAGCAGGGAUCCGGGCUCAGGAUACCGUAGGUGUUACAGAGUUGACUGAGAUAUCCCAUCAGUCAUGGCCAUCACUUCCCCAUUCACCUGAAGGAGGCUCUGUUGAAAGCAAGAGCUUUAACAACAUAAUCACUUACAGAAUCUCAUUUUUAAUGCCAUUAUGUAUUCAUUUGCUGCUUUGAAAAUUGUACCAUAUCUAAAACAUUGAUGGCUGCCAAUUGUGGAACUCGCUGUCACGCUAUCUCUAGCUAGCUGCUGAUGUAUGUUUCUGCCACUAUGCACAGUAAUAUCUUAUAACUGAGACUUUGACAUGCUGAGAUUAUAAGGAUCAUAAUUUCAAAAUGCUUACUGUUUUUAUUUGGAUGACCACUGAUCAUCUUUACUAGUCUUCCUACUGUAGUAUACAUACGGUAUGUUACGGUUUAGUUUUUCAGGCUUUAUCACACGGUCGGCCGUGUAUAGAUAUAUAAAUAUCUUGAAAUGGAAAAAAAAACUGUCUGGGCACUUUUUAAAGAAUAUUUAA